AUAUAGAAAGGAUAAUUUUCGAGAAUUAUUCUCUUUCGUAAAUUGAUGCAUAUAUUUUUCUCAGAAAAAUGACAAAAAUAUGUUUCAUGUCGGAAAGUGCUCUUUGUGUUUGCGACUCUCGAUCGGUAGCCCUUAAAGAGGGGAUCUAUUUUUAACAUAAAAACACUUCGGUGUAAAAUUAUUUAUAAUUUUGUUUCCAGUCGUCGUCUCUUUGAUAUAUACAUUAUAUUAUUUGUGAAGAAAAUUCAUCCGCGAAACAAUCUCAAAAGACUGAUCAAAUAGUAUUCAUUGCCGCUUCAUUACCUCCGUUUGUCCGGACAUUAAAUAAAAUUACAUAUGGGCAGUGCGUUAGCUUCUUAUUUUCAUUGACCUGAAUGGUGUACGCUUGUGUUUAUAUUUAAUGUUUUGUGUUAAACAUAUAACAUAUGGUCAACGAUCUAUACAAUAAGGGCUUAAGAAUAGUAUUAAUGACCUCCGCGUUAGUGAAAUAUGACUCGAAAUAAUUUAAACUCUUAGGCUAAAAAAUACAACGAAUUAGAUUAAAAAAUUAUAAACGUCGUUUUAAACCCAUGGAUAGUGAUGCCAUAACCAUAACUUCCAUCGAAGUUGUUGUCGGUAUUUGCCAGGUGACAAUCAGUUCUAGUUGAUUUAUUAAAAAACUGGCCUGAUAUCAAUAAUAAACAUAAUUUGUUUAUGUUUUCAAACCCAUAUUUAUAGGAUUUCACUUCCAAGUUGCUAAAAUGCUUGUUGCAUUUUAAAGUACAAGUUAUGAAUCAUCCUUACUCAUGUCAUUUGUUUAGGUUUAAGUGGGAACUAUAACGCCUGUUCUAAUAAAAUAAAAAAAAAAAAUGAUUCCAACAUAAAGUUAAAAGUUGUUGGUCUUAAGGGAGAAAUACGUUUGGAUUUUUUUAUUUUUGUCUAAAAAAUGCAUUUAUCAACCGAAUAAACUAUUUUCAGUGUUCUUAAAUGAAGCCUCAAAAAAGUCCGUAGAUAGUCCCAAAACCCAUGCGCUCUAAACCUACCACAGUACGAAAACUAUUGACGCAUUUUUCUCGAAACGCGUUUUUUCCGCACCGUGCAACGUAACUCAAAAACUAAUGAAGCUAUGAACUUGAAAUAAAGUGCAAAUUACUCGUUAACUCAUUGGCCAUAGUUUUUACAAGAAAUACUUUUUAUUCACAAUGAGUUUAUAAAAAACAUUGCUUUUUUAUCGUUUUAUGGUUUUAUUAAGGUUCGUGCAAUGCGUACAAAUAUAUUUUAAUGGAUUUUUUAUUAUAAAUAAUUCGAGGCGUCAACUUUAGGGCUGUAGAGCCGUCAUUUUGUUUUUGUUUUUUUUACAUACAUUUUAUCAAUACUUCAAAAUAUCAAUAAAUCAUGCACUUUUCCAAAUUUCAAUAAAUGCUAUCAGUUUUAUUGAAAAAGAUUUCUUCCAGAGGGAUUUCCCCCCUUAAAAGAAAAUAAAUAGGUAAUCUUGCUCUUAAAACAUCAAUCAUACAUAAUAUUACGAAUUACUCUUUAUAAAUAACUUUAACUGGCUAAUAAAAUACAUACAAUAUGUACAAUGCAAUAAAUAAAUGCAAAUUUGUUUAGAGUAGCUGUGUUUUUUUAGUAUUGAUAUCCGUAUGCGCAUUUAGAGUUUAAAUUUAGUAAAAAAACAAAACGCAGCUGCCGAUAAAAGUAGAAGCUUAAUCUAGCUACGGAUACCAAUAAAACAUGUUACAUUGCAGCAUUUUAGGAUUUACGAUCAAUGUACAAGUACAUGUACAUAAUUGUAAUUGCUCCAUUUAAAAAUGAAACUAAUUACUUUUGCCGACUUCCUCCUCCCACAUCCCUGAAACAUUGAAAAAUAAAAACAAAUUUAUAUUUUACUUGUGUAUGUGUGUACAAAUUUACAUUGCCCCCAUAUGUUGUAUAGUGCGUAAGAAAAAGACAAUAUCAUCAUGAACAUCAACAUUGGAAAUCGAUUGAUUACUUGUCUGACUUUAGUCAUUAUAUUGAUUACUAACUCAAUGGAUGCAAUGAAAGUUUCGUUUUAUGGAGAUGGAUACAUCACUAUGCCAUUGCAGGAGGCAAAAAUGUCCACAAACAUUCGCAUAAAAUUCCGGACUCGACAAGAAAAUGCAUUUCUCUUCUUAGCUGAUGGACGAACUGAUUACUGUCUUAUAAGAUUGGAUGGAGGGAUAAUAAAUUUUACAUUUAAAAUUGAUCGUGAUGUGAUACAAUUAAUAUCUCCCAAAAAACACAUAUUGAAUGAUUUGGAGUGGCAUGACAUAGCUAUUCAAAGGUAUGAUAGCAAUAUCACUCUUCAAGUAGAUUCAAGUAUUAUUCGAAAGUCACUCAAAAAUGGACUUUCGGCUUUUAAUGUACAUUAUGGAACGUAUUUGGGAGGUGUUGGUGAAUUCAGAGCCGAGUACGUUAAGGAUGUUAACAAUUUUCGGGGCUGUAUAUCUGAUGUUUUUUACAAUAACAUUAAUAUUAUCAAGCGAGCAAAAGAACGCAUUGGUCACACAACCAGUAUUGGAGUUUCAUGGACAUGCAGUUACGAGUUUGAUGCAGAUGUGAACGAACCUAUAAGCUUUUUAAAUGAUGAUUCAUUUGGAUUAUUGCUUAAGGAGAAAAAUCCUUCUGCGGAGUCAAUCCUAUUUGAUAUUCGGACCAUAGAACCAUCGGGGUUGGUAUUCUUUAACGGAGGUUACGACUAUAUUCUUGUUGAAAUUCAAGAUAGCAUUCUUCAACUAUUUUUCAAUAAAGGAGGAACAGUACUUAAACUAUCUUCUAAUAACACAGUAUCCGAUGGCCAAUGGCAUCAAAUUCAUAUACUUUACGAUGAUGCAGAAAUUGAAUUUUCGGUUGAUAAUGCUACAUUCACGGCAAUGCACCCGAAUGUGACAAACAGCACAAUUCAAUUGGAAAAGAGUUUCUUUAUCGGAGGCGUUCCUGAAAAAAUGCGCAGAAAACUUUUGAGUGAAGGCCUCAAAGUGACCGAUCUUAGCUUAAAAGGUUGUAUGCGUGCUAUUAUGGUAAAUGACUUUCCAAUAGGGUUUCCACAAAUGAGAGCCAGUAACAAAUUGUCGGUGGAUUGUGUUUGGAAGUAUCCGUGUAUUGAAGAGCGCCCAUGUUUAUUAAGUGGUGUAUGCAACCAAUGGAGUGUUGAUGAAUUUAUUUGUUAUUGCGAUCAGGCUUAUUGUAUCAAAGCGGAUUAUCAAGGACCUUUUAAAAUUUUUUCCGAAUCUGGCUCGGAAACAGAACUGCUUAAUAUUUCACCGCUUCAACUUCUAGAAGGAGGGACAAUUUUUAUAACAGCUCUCAAUAUAGAUCUACUCUUUGAAAUUAAAAGACAAGAAGAUAUAGAAAUAAGAUUUAACAUAGUACAACAGCCUAAGUAUGGCACGAUUUUGCAGUUUUCCCCAGAGAAAAAUAACUUUAUUCCAAUAGUAUCAUUCGGCUUAGAUGAUUUAAGUACCGAUAAAUUAAAAUAUGUUCACAACGGAGCAGAGAGCUUUAACGACCAUGCAACAAUUGAUAUGCAGAUUGAGGGGCCAGGACAUAAAGUACCAGAGUACAUAUUAGGAAAACAUCGCUUUCUACUUCAUGCUAAUAUUACGCCUGUUAACGAUCCCCCACAACUACGUAUUCCCAGAAAUAAAAUUUUACGAUUAAUUGAAGGAAUUGAAAAAGUUUUAACUAAUGAUUUAUUCAGUAUUGAAGAUCCAGAUAGUCCAUCAAAUGUCUUGAUUUACUCUAUUUUACCAACAAAAAACUUAAAAGAAAAUGAAGGCCAGUUUGCAGUUGAUGGGAAACCCUCUGAAACUUUUUCACAAACAGAUAUUGAUACAGGAAGUGUGACUUACUUAUAUAAUGCAACUACAACGGAAACAAUUUCAUUCAAUAUUAUGCUUCAAGUAUCAGACGGCGUUGAAACUAGUGACGCUGUUAACUUACCUGUUUCAGUUCAUCCUCUUGAAUUGAGACUUGUAAAUAAUACAGGACUUAUAAUGAUUCAUAAGUCAUUUCUAUUUCUAACUCCUUUCAACCUCUCUAUUGAAACAAACUCCGGGGAGGAUAAUAUUGACAUAAGAUAUGAUAUUGUUAAGAGACCCCAAUAUGGUGCUAUUCAACGUUUACGACAGGUGGAUUCUUCAUGGGUAAAUGUUGAGUGGUUUAGAGAAAGUCAAUUGCUGCUGAGCCAUGUUCGGUAUAUUCAUAAUAUUGGGACACCAUGGCAAGAUGAAUUUAAGUUUGUUGCAUCACAUGGACUCGUUACGACACAAACAUUUGAUUUUCGGAUCACUUUUACCAGUCUUCGUAUAACAUCAAGUAAACAACCUGUAAUAGCAAUAAACGGUUCCAAUGAAUUAAUUUUUAACAAUGAAGUGCUGCUUUUUGAGACUGUGCCUUUGUCAACUUUCCCGAGAAACAUUAUCUACAAAAUAAUCCAACCGACUAAAUAUGGUUCUAUUUUCGUAGAGGGAUCUCGUAAGGUUGCUAAGGAAAUGGACUCGUUCACUCAGCUGGAUGUGGAUAAAAACCGGAUUCGGUAUGCGCUUCAUCGGACCUCCUAUUCUUAUUUUGUUGAUUACCUAGAUUUUAUGGUAUCUGUAAUGGAAUGUGACAACGUUAUUGGAAAGCUCAAAAUUAUUUUUACACCUAAAGAAGAACUGAAGAAAAAGUUGUCAUACCAAACCAAACAGAUUUUACGUCUUCAAGAAGGUGACCGCGCUCUUAUUAAUAAAAACAAUUUUGAAAUAGCAUUUAAUAUCUACGAAAGCCUAAAUUUUUCCAUAUCCAUUCCCCCGCAACAUGGAACUCUUUGUCAUCAAAACACGAACACUUCAAAACUUGUACCAAUGUCUGAUUUCACUCUUGAACAGUUGUUUCUCAACGAAGUUUACUACUGCCACGAUGACACAGAAUCACAAGAAGAUACUUUUAGUUUGCUGAUACUUUCAAACAAAGAUGCAGAUAUGCAAUUUAUUUGUCAAAUUGACGCUCAAAUUAAACUGUCAAAUGACAAUCCACCUUACAGAACUGUCGACAAAACUUUUCAUGUAGUUCGCGGUUCUUUUCGAACCAUUAACCAAGAGGAGUUACAGUAUAUGGAUGCUGAUAUUAAUACCAAUCUGUCAGAUAUUCAUUACAUUCAUGUAUCUAGUACAAAUGGUGAAUUUUAUAAAUCGGGAAUAAAUAUGGAUUGUUUCAGCCAAGAUGACAUAAAUAACAGACGAAUAAUUUUUCAACAUUCUGGACCAGAUAUUGGAACAGCUUCUUUUAUAGUAAGCGAUGGACAAUAUGAAUCCACAGGAAUUCUUGAGAUUCAUGCAUCUGAACCAUUUGUCUCAAUGUUGCCGACAAAUGCCACUACUGUGCAAGAGGGGAAAUUUGUCAUUCUUCGAAAUAGAGAUUUUGUUUUAGAAACCAAUUUGGACAUUAAACUUGAUGGAAUACAUUAUGAAGUUAUAACUCCACCUUCCUAUGGUAUUCUUAUGUAUUUGGGAAGAAGAACAAAUGACUCUGUUCACAUUAAAUUUUCAAACCUAACGUCUUUGAAUAAUUUCACGCAUUUAGAUGUUGAAAGAGAUCGAUUAGUAUACUGGAACACUGAAGUUGCAUCAAUGGAUAAAAUUCGAUAUCGAGUUUUUAUUAAAAACACGUCUGCAGAAGGUGAAGUCAUAUUUCGAGUUUAUCCAUCAGCAUAUUGGGAGAACUUACAAAUAAAAAAAAAUCAAACGCUUUACGUUGAAGAAUCUACCAGUGUAUUACUCUCGAGAGAUAUUCUAGAGGUUUCUCAUCCUAAUAUAUCACCUGGGGAUAUCACAUUUUUGGUAACAACUUCACCCAUCCACGGAUACUUAGAAAUGCAAUCUAUGAGCUUCGAUGACGAGUAUAACUGCAAGGUUUUUGACCAAUCUGCUAUUAAUACAAACAAAAUGUUCUACAUCCAGGCCGGAGUUAAUCAGUCAAGUGAUUAUUUUGUGUUUGAUGUAACCAAUGGAAUAACUUGGUUACGCAACCUUAUGCUUAAAAUUAUUAUCAUUCCGGAGCGACUUUACAUGACAACAAAUGCCGUAAUUGUUGUUGAAGGAAAAACAACUCAAAUUUCUGCAACAGACAUUCAACCAUUUUCGGAAUAUUAUAAAAAUAAAAUAUUAGAAUAUAAGAUAACAGAAAGCCCUUUUUCUGGAUUCGUAAUGGCAGGAAAUUCAAAAGUUAAACGUUUCACACAAAAACAACUCGAAUUAGGCACUAUUCAAUAUGUUCACAAUGGAAAUGAAAACUCCACAGAUUCAAUAACAUUAAUCGCUUUAGCCAGAAGUAAAGAAAGUGUUCCAUUCGUCCUAAAUAUUUCCGUGAUUCCAGUCAAUGACGAAAUUCCUUAUGUAGCCAUUAACACAGGAUUACAGGUAUGGCAUGGCGGAAAAUACACUAUUAAAAGCAGCGAUUUAAUGGCACAGGACUAUGACACUACUCCGGAAAAUUUAACAUUUAUUGUUAACCAUAUUUACGGUGGCUUUUUGGCACUCAAAGAAAAAUUGAAUAUGAAAAUACAUCAAUUUACUCAAGGGCAAGUUAACAACGAGGUUGUUCAAUUCAUCCAUGAUGGCAAUUCCCAGAAAAAUGAAAUUUCAUUCAUAGUCACAGAUGGUGCCUUCAACACUACUGACCAAAUUUUGAAUAUUGCCAUUAAGCCAGUAAUUAUUAUUAAGGAAUAUAAUGUUAAUCUUCAUGUUUUUCCCUUGACAAAGAAGCAAAUCUUACGAGACCAUUUAUCAUUCAAAUGUUCGGAUAUUGAAAGAAAAAUUAAAUACAAUAUAACAAUACAACCAAAUCUUGGGAGGAUUCUUCAUGAGUCAAUUGAAAAUGGUCACACGGCACAAGUGAAUGAAUUCACUCAAGAAGACAUUGAUAAUGGACGAAUUUUUUACGAGCAUACGGCUGUUAUUUUAGAACUCCGUGUGAAUGAUUCAUUUUACUUUGAUAUUAUUGCAGAGGAAUCAGAUCGUCUCUUUAAUCAAAAAUUCAACAUCGAAAUAUCAGUUUCAUCUGGUGGUCUCUUACGAUUUCUACCAGUACCUCAAAUAACAGUUGAUGAAGGUGGAAUAGCGCCGAUAAGAUUGGAUUUUACCAAGAUUUAUGAAUACUUGAAGACAAGAGCAGGAAUAAAUAAUGCAGAAGUAUAUAUUGAGGUGUUGAAAAAACCCAAUCAUGGACAAAUUGGAGUGGGGAAUGAUAUGAAAUCAGAACACCGAAUAAGUACAACAGACUUUUCUAAGAAAAACGUUUUUUACGAACAUGAUCAUACGGAUACAUUAGAAGAUGAAAUAUUCAUGUCAGUAUAUCUGUCUCAAGGAAUUAUAUUUCUUUGCAACCUGUCAAUCCCAGUUACCGUUACUCCCAUAAAUGAUCAACCAUUCAAGCUCAUGACACAUGCACCACAAAUGGUCGUCGUCGAGAGUGAAAACCGAACUAUAACGAAACAAAUGCUGCUGACUGAAGACAAAGAUACUGCCCCGGAAGAUAUUUUCUACGAAGUAACGAGUGGACCAACACUUGGGGUUUUAAAAAAGACCUCCUCUGAUGAGGAAGCUCAAGAACUUAUUGUUCACUCCAAUCAGUUCACACAAGCUGAUAUAAAUAAUAAUCGAAUAACUUAUGUUCAUUUUGGAGCUCCACAGUCCACUACAUUUUGCUUUACAGUAACUGAUGGGCAUUUUGAUCCUGCAUACGAAAUAUUUACAAUCAAAGUUGAUCCUAUAACAAUUCUUCCAACUGAUAAACAAACCCCAGUAUUAGUUCCACAAGGGGGAACAACAGCUACACUGCAAGUAAUCAAUAUAGGCCUAAAAACCAAUGUAAAACAGCACCGUCUUUUAUAUAAUAUUACAAAUUCACCUUUGUAUGGUAUAAUAGUUCUUAAACACCAGCCAACUUUAAGAUUCACCCAAGAUUUUCUAGAAAACUCACAAAUAAGUUACAUGCAGACUGAUUUAAGCAGGUCUAAUGAUACAUUUCAAGUAUACGCCUAUGUCCCAAAUACAAAAUAUGGUGCCGUCGUAGAUGUUAUGGUACUUGUAGAGCCUAUUAUAAAGAUCAAUGAUAUCCUUCUGCAAAAUGAGGAAAGGGUUCGUCUUGAGACAUCCUUAAUUGCAGAUAGUCAAAUUUUGGUAAAAAUGAACAAGUUAAAUGCUAAGUUUUUGAUCACACGCACUCCAAGUUCAGGUCAAAUAAGGAAGAUCAUAAGGAGCUCUGGCGAUUUUGAUAAUCAAAACCAAAGAAGCACCAUUUCAUUUUCAUACAAAGAACUAAGAAGUGGAGUUAUAUACUUUGUUCCUUAUGAAAGAAACAGUAAAAAUUUACGCGAUAUUUUUGAGUAUUCCCUAAUUAUAAAAGCAGUUCAGCCCGCUCAAGGUGUUGUAAAUAUUGAUUAUCAUACCGAAAAAGAAACUACAAAUUUAACCACUGCUGGGAGUGGAAAAUUUUCUCUAAAUUACAUUGGUGUUGUUUACAUUUGCAUCGUUAUUUUCAUAAUAAUUUUAAUAGGCAUACUUGCAUUUAAGCUCCGUUGUCUUAAACAUAAGAAAAUUAAUAUUUGCAAAGAACAUCCUCCCGCUUUACCAUGUCCUCCAGACUUGACAUCAGUAAGUCCCACACAAAAUUAUAACAACUCGGAAAUUGACUCGAUUCCUGUCACGGCUGCUUCGACACCUUUGCCAUGUUUCAGCAACAUACCCCAUUGCAAGGUUAUUCGAGUUGAAAGUUACAAGGUUAGUGGAACCGAUUUUGAUGAAUAUGACAAUGAUUAUGAUCUUAAAGACGAUCAGAGGGAAAUUGAACACAUGGUACCCAAUCAGUAUCAGCACUCAUACCCCGACAAUGAUGCAUGGAGUUCUUCUUGUGAUAUGACCAAUGACUUAGGGUACUCCACAGUUAAAUCACAUCAGCCGUCCAGUAAUCCCCUCUUACGACGAAAUCAAUAUUGGGUGUAGUUUAGUUUGAAUCUUUAAAAUAAGUGUUACUUUGUAUUUGUAAACUUAAUAAUCUUAGUACUCAUUAAGUGUUUUCAAACACUAUGACCGUUUCUUAAACGAACUACACAAAAUUGUAUUAGAAUUGCGUGGGCACUUACCAAAAUAUUAUUCAUUUAAUUUUAGAAGCUGUAGCUUUUU